CGUCAUCUGUGAGCGUCUAGUACGAAAGUUUAUAUUUGUACUUUGUCGUUGAGCAUUGGCAUUUCUCUCAUCGCAUCGCAAUGGAAGAUAAGAGCGCAUCUGGUAAUGCUGCAGCUACGGAAAACUCAGCCGCUGCAGCGCCUGCGAAGAAGAGCGCGAAAUCUAAACCAAAGACACAGCGCCCUAAGUCGAAUCAUCCGCCGACUUCGGAGAUGGUCACAUCUGCCAUCAAGGAACUGAAAGAUCGCAAGGGUUCAUCCGUGCAGGCAAUCAAGAAGUACAUCGCUUCCACUUACAAAGUCGACGGAGAGAAAUUUGCUCCCUUCAUCAAACGGUACCUUCGAGCAGCAGUUACGUCCGGUGCGGUGGUGCAAACCAAAGGAAAAGGUGCAUCAGGCUCAUUUAAACUCUCGACCACCAAGCCCUCUUCCAAGGGUAAGGUGAAGCGUGUUGCGCAGAAACCUAGCUCUGACGUAAAGAAGACUACCGGAAAGAAGGUUGCAAAGAAAGCGCCUGCAGCUAAAAAGGCCGCCGAAACUAAGAAGACAACGGCUGAGAAGAAGCCGGCAUCUCCAAAGAAGACUGCCAAAACUGCAGCAACAAAGAAGGUCGAAGCCGCGGCAAAACAAAAGGCUGCUGCUCAAACCAAGAAUCUGUCGAAGACCAAGAAAGCUACCAAAGCUCCAGCGGCAAAAACCAAGACUCCCAAGCCAAAAACGACUAAGGCAGCAGCGACGAAAUCUGGAAAAGCAGCAAAAAAAUAAUUUUAAUUCCGCUAAUCCAAAACUGAUAACAAAACUGGCCCUUUUCAGGGCCCCAAAUCGUCAUACGGUGGAAAAUCUGCUCGCAAUAAUGAAUUUCCU